AUGAAGGUUUUUUCGAGCGAUUGCACAUUCGACUACUCCUGGGAGGAGGUGUCAACAGCAAAUUGGAGAAAGUACUGCCCAUGGAACGACAAGUCGCCGCACGUAAUUGCAGUCGACACAUUAUCGCGUCAAAUUGAUCCGGAUACCGGAAUCCUACGAACAGAACGUCUCAUCACAUGCAAACAGAGCGCGCCCCAAUGGCUUGCUUCAUUAAUGGGCGGAACCGACACAUCACACGUCUUUGAGACAUCCUAUGUGGAUCCGGUAUCGAAAAAAGUCACCAUGGUGUCCACCAACCUCACAUUUUCGAAUAUCCUCAGCGUACGCGAGACCGUUAUAUAUCAGCCGGUCUCUGCCACGAGAACCCAGUUUGUGCAAGACGCGAAGAUCACGGCUCUGUGUGGUGGGUGGCAGAAGAUCAAGAACGCUGUUGAGGAGGCGAGCGUUUGUCGCUUCCGUGAGAACGCGAUGAAAGGGAAGGAAGGAUUCGAAGCUGUCCUCGCAAUGAGCAGGAGAGUUUUCAGUGAAGAGAAACAAAAGCAGCAGGCCAAGCAAGAGAUGUUGGCAUAG